AUGAACUCUUAUGCAAACACGAAAAAAACGGCAAAAUCCAGAUGGAAACUACUUCGAUCGGUAAUCAUAUCAUCAUCUAAUACCCAACAUGAGAUUAAUACAACGAAUUCAACAAAAAGGCAUAAAGAAUUUAAUUUAUUUCCUCGACGAAAAAGAACCUUAACCAAUAACGAUAAUAUACCACAAUUGGAAGAAUGGUUCACAUAUGAUCUUUAUGAUCAUGUGAUCUUGAAUAUUAGGAUCAAAGUUCCUAGAACAAUCGAUAUAAAAGCAACUUUUUCUUCUGAAUACUCUGGAUUUUUGAAUACGGGUAAUUUAUGUAUUUGGCCAUCAGAAGAGGAACUCUUCUCUGAUGUGGAUAUUUGUUCCAUGCAGAUGCUUUGGAAUAAGAAUACCGUAUACGACAUUCAGUGUAAUAUUGUCAUAUGUGCUGACUGUACUUUUGAUAAAGAAACACAUCCGCACCUUCUUCAUGCUAUACGUUCAGUUCUAAAAAAAUCAGACAAAAGCUUGUUUAUUCUAUGUGCACCACGACGAGGUGAUAGUCUACAAGCAUUUGUCACGUUGUUAGAAACAACCAGUGAAUUCCGUAUCGAAUUGUUAGAAAAAUAUGAUGAGAUAGUAUGGAAAUCUCAUGAGAAAAGUCUAAAAGAAGAACAAGGUUACUAUGAUACGGACGCUCAUUAUCCUCUAAUUGUACGAGCUUCUUGGAACUUAUAA